AUGAAUAUGGCAGUGAAAAGGAAAAUGUCUUAUGCUCAACUUGAACCUCCAAAGGAAAAAAAAAUGUGCUUGAACAUGUGUUCUCAGUAUUACAAGAAUAAAAAGGCAAAAACUCUGACUGAUUAUGCUGAAAAAAAUCAGUCUAUGGAGGCAAAUGAAAAACAAAAUCUAUUGGCUAAAAAAAACAAGCUUCUCAAAACAUGGGUAGCUGUGAAAAAGAUAAAUUGUCUGAAAAACAAAGGACUUAAACAAGUAAAGCUAAGCAGACAAAACCUUUGAAAUGCAAUGUCUUGGAUUCUUGUAUCAACUCCUUUCAAAAAAAAAAAUCAAAGAAGGGCCUUAUUACAUAUGUUCUGCGUGCAACAGAAUCCUCUAUAGAUAAACAGUGACACAAUUAAAGAAGGAUAAGUAUAGCAAUCAGCAUCUCUUUACAGAUAAAAGUCAUUUGAUAACAGAAUACAUUUGUAAAACAUAACUCUAAGUUGUCAAAAGGACAAGUUCCAUGCCAGGCUGUUUAUAACAAAUUAAUGGUUGAUGAACUCCCCAUAGAAUUUGGCUAUACCAUAGAGAGAACAGUUAACUUAUCACCAACAAAAUACUUUAAUGCAUGCCUUUUACAUUCUAGUGAAAGGUUUGCAACGUAUCCUGAAUAUUUGUUUUUUUUGCACUGUUCAUAGUUGAACGGGAAAAAGUAUCAGAUAGUAUUAACAUAGCUCUCUCAAACGUUUAUGGACAGCAUCUCACUGCAUCACAUAAAAGAUGUAAUUCGAAAGUCUUUACAAAAUCCUGUAUGUCAAAACCAGGCUUAAUUAUUCCUAGGACAAAUCCCAGGGACACCACCCUACUGGCAAAAGUUUAUGUACAAAGUUGUUUCCAUGGUAAAAGAGCAUAGUAUUCCCACCUGGUUUAUGACUUUGUCUUGUGCUGACCUUAUAUGGCCAGAAUUGUUUCAAAUUAUUGCCAGAACACAAGGCCUAAUUUUAACAGAUGAACAAAUUGAAGCAUUGUCUUACAAUGAAAGAUGAUCUACGCUUAACUUAAACCCUGUUAUUGUUGAGAGUUAGAGUUGCCAAGACUGAGCUAAAUAGAACUUGAUGCAUUCGAUGAUGAUAGUACAGUUCUUUACAAAUCAAAUAUCAUCAAACGCGACAGAAUGAGACCACAUACAAUUCCUUCUAUGAAUAGCUUAUGUUUAGCUCAAUUUGCAUCAUACUUUUAUAAAGGAUACAGCAAUAAUAGUGAAACAAGUGAUGUUCAACCAGAAUUACUUACACAUGAUGCAAUUGAAUUACAUGUCCACUUAGACACAAAUACUGAUCUUAAUAGUCAAUUACCUCCAAGAAUAAAAUUAGUUAACUCUAAUGAAGUAACGAAAUACAGGAAAAUUAGGGCUGUUGUGCGUUACCAUACACACACAAAAAAAAGAAAACAGCCUGAAUACUACUUUCACCACUUGCUUAUGCUAUAUUACCCACGGCUUAAUGAAGAUACUCUGGUUGUAAGUGAACAAACAUAUGCAUCAAAAUUCAACGAGCCUGAAGUGCAAGCUGUUGUUGAACAAAAUAGAGCUUUAUUUGAACCAGAUUCAGAUGCUAUUUCAGAAGCAUUGGAAGCAUUGAGAAACAAUGAAGGCGCCAGUUUGAUCAGGGAAAUGAAGAAUUGCUCCUAUAUAUGUAGGUAA